UCCAAUAUAUGCCAAAACUGGUGCCCCGUUACUGAAACAUAACGUUCAAAUUUGGUCGCUCAUGGGUCAAGAAAUACCAACGCAAAACAAUCUUUAGGAAAGCGUCAUGUCAAAACCCGAUCGAAAGUAAACCAAACCCAGACCCAUCAACCAUGCGCGGUGCGAACAAAAAUCCUAUCAUCUAAGAGCAACUCCUACAGGCUGGCCAAAUGCAUCUGUGAAGCUAUUAUAGCUAUUGUGGCCCAAAAAAUGCUUUCCAACAGCCUUUCCAUCCGGUCUUCUAUUUUUCCCCACUGGCUAUUCCGCAAUCGUCGCUGGCCAAUUUUCGCGAGCCAGAGCUGCUUGCUAUCCGCGGCGCCAAUCGAUUCCCGCGCGCGGGCUUCGCCUCUCCCGCGCUUGCCGCGCGCCGGCCUGUCCCUUUCCCGCGUGUGCCCCUUCUCGUGCUCAUCUUCUGCUUCAGAUCAGGGUGUUCUGUUUUCAUCUCAUCUCUCCACGAUGCGGAUCCUCGAGGUCCUCGAAAUCGUGCAGAGGCACCAUGUCGCAAGCACAAUCAGAAGCGGAUCUGAUAUGUGCGAGCCAUGGCCAUGGGGAGCCCAAUUCGUCUGAGCUCCAGUCGUUCCCCAUAUUCUCGGCGGCCACCUGUUGGGAGCAACAGCAGUUUCCUUCGCUGCCUUGGUUGCAAAAUUCAGGGAUACCUAGGCUGCGGCAUGGAGUUCUUCCUCCCAAUGCUUCAUCUGCUGCAUCAGCCCCCUUGUCUGACAUGUAUUCCGGUAUGCGAAAGGAUAGAAUUACCCUUCUGCCAAUUGCCAAAAAGAAAGCACGUCCACAUCCUGUGCAGCUGUGCUUGUACUGAAAUCAAGGCUGGCCGGCUUCGUGGGCUUCGUGGGUGGCAAAUGGCCGGCCUGCAUCUCACGCAGCAGUGCAGUUGGCUAGCCAGCUCCUGGCUGCAGGAGCAGCUAGUGUACACGGUGUUGCUAAAAAUUUUUUAAAAAAAUAGUGUACACGGCAAUUUGACUAAAUUUGGGCCAAAAAAAACAUAUGUAUAAUAGAAACAAAAUCGAAGAAGCCAAAAAUAGUGGUUUCUCUUGGCUUCA